UUUAUAUAUUUUUCAUUUUAUUCGCCUUAAAUUGUUAAUUCUAAUUGCUAAUUUCUUAAUAUUGCAUUUGUGAAGUGCAGUUAAACGCGCGAUAAACUGAUUUUUGGCAUUACUAACCAAUAAAACAAGCUUAAAUUCUUAAGAAAAAUCGUUUGACCAACUAUUUCUGAUUGACGAAAAUUUUGUUGUUUUUUCCCUCAACUUCUCAUCUUAUUGCAAUAAUUAACUGGUUAUUACUACUGUGUGUCGUCACUGAUUCCGCUCCACCACCAUCACUGACGGGCAAAUGAUUCCCGAUCGCAGUCAGACCAUUUCGUAUAUUUAUGUAUUUUAAAUGGUUUGACUUUCGAGGAGCGAACGCGGAGUUAACGAAGCAAGAUUAACAUAUUUUUCGAGUCGAUCAGCCAAGUGGCUGUGCGUGUAAACAACAGUACCAUCAUGCAGUUGCUGCUUUCGGCCAUAUGUAUGGCACUGACCAGUGCCGUUAUUGGGAAUGCCUGGUACCAGAAGAAGCAAUUCUAUCCGGCGGUGGUGUACAUCACCAAAUCGAAUGCAUCAAUGGCGGUGAUUUACAUUCAAUUCUUUGCCAUUGUCUUUAUGUUUGGUAAAUUGUUGCGAAAGAUCUUCUUGGGUACAUUGCGAGCUGCUGAAUUUGAACAUCUAUUGGAACGUUUCUGGUAUGCCCUGACGGAAACAUGUUUGGCAUUUACCGUAUUUCGAGAUGAUUUCAAUCCAAGAUUUGUGGCCCUGUUUACGGUGUUAUUGUUUCUCAAAUCAUUCCAUUGGUUGGCCGAAGAACGUGUAGAUUUUAUGGAACGUUCUCCCGUACUUGGGUGGCUAUUCCAUAUACGUGUGGCCAGUUUAUUAAUGGUAUUGGGCACAUUGGACUAUAUGCUGCUGAUGCAUGCCUACAAUUCGGCAUUGGCCCGCGGUCCCAGCGUACAGCUAGUAUUUGGUUUUGAAUAUGCCAUUUUAUUGACCGUGGUGGCGAGCACAGCUAUAAAAUAUGUUCUACAUGCAGCUGAAAUGCGUACGGACACACCAUGGGAAAAUAAGGCAGUUUUUCUACUCUACACUGAACUUUUUAUUGGUUUCAUCAAAGUCAUUCUGUACGUUUUGUUUGUCGUUAUAAUGGCGAAAUUCUAUGCCCUACCCAUGUUCGUAUUCCGACCAAUGUUCUUUACCAUACGUAACUUUAAGAAGGCUUUGAGUGAUGUGAUAAUGUCUCGACGCGCCAUACGUAAUAUGAAUACUCUUUAUCCGGAUGCCACACCCGAAGAGUUGAGAUUAUCCGAUAAUAUUUGCAUUAUUUGUCGUGAAGAUAUGGUUAAUCAUUCGAAGAAGUUACCAUGUGGUCAUAUAUUCCAUACAACGUGUUUGAGGUCAUGGUUCCAACGCCAGCAGACAUGUCCCACGUGUCGUUUGAACAUCUUAAGGGCACCGGCCACAAAUUCUACAGCUUUGCCAAGGCAAGAGGAUAAUAAUGCGGCAGCUGGCAAUGCUAAUGCUGUGCCAGUUGUAGCAGGAGUAGCACCGGCUGCCGUUGUUGCCCCGGUCAUACCAGGUGCUGCUGCGAUUGUUAAUGCAGCUAAUGUACCAAUUGUACCCAAUUUGGUGGCAAAUGCUCCAGACAACGCCACGCCAAUACCACCCACUCUUACACCCAAUCCCUUCGAACAACUGGUUGCAAAUGCUGGCCUAACAGCCAAUACGGUACCCAAUUUGGCAGGCUCUGGUGCAAAUGGUUUACCAAACUUUGCCGGCUUACCUAUGAUGCCGCCACCAUUUAUGAUGCCACCACCAUUCCCCUUUGUGGCACCAUAUGCUGUACCACCACCACCAAUGCCACCAGAUCUAACCACAUUCACAGAUGAAGAGCUCAGAGCUAUGGAAGGAAACGAAAGGAAAAAUGUUGAGGAGCGUAUAAAGCUUUUACGCAAUAUACAAUUAAUGCUUGAUGCAGCUAAUGUCCUUAUGCAGAACUAUCAAAUAGUUGCUCCACGUAGUGUCCCAAUAAGUACACCCGCAGCAGCAGCAGCAACAUCUACAUCCGCCACAUCAACAACUAGCAAACCGGAUGAUAUAGCAAAUCCAACAACAUCCAAAGUGACUACAACAGAAAGUAAAACCGAUGAACUACCAUCAACAUCAUCGGCGGCAGCAGCAGCAGUCGCAGCAGCUGCGGCAACAUUAGCGGCAGCAUCACAAAAAGAAAUGCCAAUAAAAGCUGAAGAAAGCAAAGAAAUUCCAGUUGCCAAACACAAUCAAGUAACCAUAGAAGAUUUGGGUGGUGAGGAAGAUGAUCAUAUAGAUGGGCCAGAAAAGGCCACAAUAGCAUCAACUUCGAAGGAAGUGGACAGUACAGCCGAACAGAUAAAUGAGUUGAGAAAACGACGCUUAAAAUUCCUGGAGGAACGCAACAAAACGUCUACAGAAUAAAAGAAUGUUAAGGCUCAAUUUUUAUAAAUGAUGAUCUAUAAUAGUAAAACUUAACUCUUAUAUUUUGAAGGUGGACUGAAAUCGUUUUUUUUUUUUAUAAAACUCUAAAGAAUUAAAACAAACAACAAAAAACAAACAAAA